AUGUUACGUUUUCAAAGGUACGCAUCUUCGUAUGCACAAUCAAGAGUGCUUAGGAGGUAUCCGGUUGGUGGCUUAAUCCAUGGAUAUGAAGUCAGAAGGGUAUUACCGGUGCCUGAAUUGAAAUUAACAGCAGUAGAUUUAGUCCACGAACGAACUGGAGCUGAGCACUUACACAUCGAUAGGGAUGACAAGAACAAUGUUUUUACAAUCGGUUUUAAGACGAAUCCACCAAACGCUACUGGUGUCCCUCACAUUUUAGAACAUACUACGCUAUGUGGAUCUGUCAAAUAUCCUGUUAGAGAUCCAUUCUUCAAGAUGCUUAACAGAUCACUUUCGAACUUCAUGAACGCAAUGACGGGUCCUGAUUACACUUUCUACCCAUUCAGCACUACCAAUAGAGCUGAUUUUGCAAACUUGAGGGAUGUAUAUGUGGAUGCGACUUUUAAUCCACUAUUGACACCGGAGGAUUUCUAUCAAGAAGGUUGGAGAUUGGAACAUAGUGAUGUUAAGGAUUCUAAAAGUGAUAUUGUUUUCAAAGGUGUUGUUUAUAAUGAAAUGAAGGGACAAGUCUCUAAUGCUAACUAUUACUUUUGGAUUAAAUUUCAAGAAUCGAUAUACCCAUCAUUGAACAAUUCCGGUGGUGAUCCUCAGAAGAUUACAGACUUAUUCUAUCAGGAUCUGGUAGAUUUCCAUCACGCGCAUUAUCAUCCAUCCAAUGCGAAGACUUUAACAUACGGUAAUUUCCCAUUGGAAGAGAGUUUACAAAGGUUGAAUGAAGAAUUCGAAAACUUCGGUAAAAGGUCAAGAUCUGAUGGAAAAUUGUUACCUAUCGAGCUUCCACAGGACUUGGAAGUUCGUAAAGCCGGUCAAGCUGACCCUAUGUUACCUCCAGAGAGACAGUUGAAAACUUCUAUGACUUGGAUCUGUGGAGAACCUCAAGACACGUAUGAAACUUUUCUAUUGAGAGUUUUAAGCAAUUUACUCAUGGAUGGUCACUCCUCUGUGUUCUAUCAAAGAUUAAUUGAAAGUGGAAUAGGGUUAGAUUUUUCUGUAAAUUCUGGGCUUGAUUCUGCAAGCGCAGCCAAUUUUGUGACUAUAGGUCUACAGGGUGUUCAAGAUGUAGAUGAAUUUAGGAAAACCGUUAAAGAUAUCUUUGCGGAAGUGGCUAACAAGCCCUUUAACCGCGACAGAAUCGAAGCUAUUAUGCAACAAUUGGAAUUGAGUAAGAAAGAUCACAAGUCUGAUUUUGGUCUACAAUUAGCAUGUUCUUUAGUGCCAAGUUGGACAAAUAAGGUGGAUCCAUUUGAAAGUUUACUAUUUGAUGAAAUUUUGCAAAGAUUCAGAGAAGAUUUAGAGAAUAAGGGUGAUUCGUUAUUCCAAGAUUUGCUCAAAAAAUAUAUCGUGGAUAAACCAUCAUUCCUAUUUACUAUGGAGCCUGUAGAGGACUUCUCACAGAGGUUAGAGGUGGAAGAAAAGGAACGUUUGGGUCGUAAACUGGAUCAGUUGGAUGAAAGUGAUAGGGAAGUUGUGUACAACCGUGGUCUAUUGCUACAAGAAAAGCAGAAUGCUAAGGAAGAUUUGUCGUGUCUACCUAGUGUUAAAGUAAGCGAUAUCCCACGUAAAGACGAUACUUUUGAAGUGCGUAGACAGGAACCUAAUAUCUGGACAAGAAUUACCGAUACAAACGGUAUUAGUUACAUUAGAGCCAAGAGAGAAUUGAGUAAUUCAAUUCCCCAGGAAUUGUAUCCUUACUUGCCUUUAUUUGCCGAUUCUUUGACUAGUUUAGGUACUUCCACUGAGGAUUAUAGUGAUAUCGAAGACGCUAUGAAACUACACACCGGUGGUAUUUCCACGAUGAUCGACGUUUCUUCAGACCCAAUCACCACAAAGCCUCAUCUAUAUUUCAGAGUUAGCGGUUGGUCUCUAAAUUCUAAAACAGAGCAUGUGUUUGACCUAUGGAAGAAACUGUUGUUAGGAACAGAUUUCCAAAAACACAGCGAGAAACUAAAGAUCUUAAUUAGGGGACUAGCUUCGAACAACACAUCUGCUGUUGCGGAAGCUGGCCACUCAUUUGCUAGAGGGUACGCUGCCGCAAGUUUCAGCGCUGCUAGAGGUAUUUCUGAGAGCUUCAACGGUGUGGAACAAUUGCAAUUGAUCAAUAGACUAAAUUCUUUGUUAGAUGAUGAAGAAAGUUUCCAAAGAGAAGUUGUGGACAAAUUAGUGGAAUUGAAAAACCGUAUAAUCAGUUCUCAAGGUUUGGAGUUCUUCAUAACUACAGAUUCUGAUCCUGUGGUUUCCUCAUUGGCUAAACAAAUCUCACAGUUUGAAUCACAGUUGCCUCAAACAUUACAUAACGAUGGGUUGGAUCCUACCAGUUUCCCGUUACUCCCACAAAAACCAUCAACUUUGAUCAAUUUCCCAUUCCAAGUACACUACGCCGCUAGAUCAUUACCAGGGGUAUCAUAUACUCAUGGCGAUGGUGCUCCAUUGCAAGUGCUUGCCAAUUUGCUCACCUUCAAACAUCUACACACUGAAGUUAGAGAGAAAGGUGGUGCCUAUGGUGGUGGUGCAAGUUACAGUGCCCUUGAAGGUAUGCUCAAUUUCUUCUCUUACAGAGAUCCACGCCCAUUGCAAUCUUUGAAAACUUUUGAAAAUGCAGGCCAACACGCUUUGCAGGAGGCUCAAUGGGACUCGGCUGAUCUAGACGAAGCUAAGUUGACCAUUUUUCAAAGGCUGGAUGCUCCAAUUAGCCGUAAGAGUGAAGGUGUUUCUCUAUUCUAUUCUGGUGUAACAGAUGAGAUGAGACAGAAUAGAAGAGAGCAGCUUUUAGAUGUCACCAGAAAAGACGUCGAUAGAGUUGCUGAGAAGUAUUUAUUGAACAAGGAUGGCUCGAACGCCGUGGUUGGACCUGAAAUUGAAGGCGAAACGGUCCCACCAAAUUGGCAGAUUAAGAACUUGUAA